AUGCAGGAUAUCCGCAAAGUUAUCGUACUAGGUGCCACCGGAAAUGUUGGACGACACGUUGUCUCCGCCCUUCUCCAAGCCUCAUUCUCUGUCACGGCUGGCGGUAGAACCCUGACUUCUAUGUCUGAUCUUCCUCCGGAAGCAGUCAAGAUUUCAGUUGACUAUGGCUCUCCAGAAUCACUCAAACAGGCCUUCAGCGGACAAGAUGCUAUUAUUGAGGCAUUUAAUCCAAACGUUGCGGUAUUUCAGGAGCAGAUUGUUCAAGCCGCAAUCGAUGCUGGCGUACGCCAUAUCAUUACCCCUGACUUCAGCAGCGAUACUUUCAACCCGAACGUUGAAGAACUAUCGAUCUUUGAGCCGAAGUUGAAAGCGCAGCGCAUUCUUGAAUCGGCUGCCGAGAAACAUGGGCUGAACUGGACCGCUAUCAUUACAGGGCCAUUCUUUGAUUGGGCCAUUCCACUAGGUGUCUUCUGGGUAAAUGGAGAAUCCAAGGAGGUCAUGGUCUUUGGAUCUGGGGACCAGAAAGUCAGCAUGUCAGCCAUAGAUAUGGUUGGGAGAGCGUCUGUUGCUGUUCUGAAAAACCCGGUCGCGUUUCUGAACCGCGCCGCCUACUUUGCCGACUACACUAUUAGCUCCAAUGAGCUGGUUACGGCUCUCGUUAGUGACGAGUCUGACGACAGCCGAGAAGUAUGGAGUAAGAACGAAAUACCGCUCUCAACAUUUCUUCAACAAGGAAAGGAAAUGUGGGCUCAGGACACAGCCGAUGGGGUCCAGGAUAGGCUCAACUCUGCAGCCUACCAGAUGCUGGGCAUGUAUGGGCUAUUUGAGGAGACAAAUAGAUAUGGUGCAGACUUCAGCGAGAAGAUUGAAGAGGGAUUUGGCAUUCCACUGGAGGAGUUCCAAGAGAUCUUGCAAGAGGCCGUUUCCAAGUACACAUAUGCUUGA